AUGGCAGAAUCGCAGACGACGAGCAGCGAUGCCUCGGAUAAGGGGCAGAAGUCUACUGGGUUCAAACCCGGGGACGAUAUCCUUACUCACUUUCGCAACAUCUACGCCGGGGUUACAGGAAAGAUGACGCCCGAGGGUGUUGAGCAGUUCAGACUCGCGAGAGACCUUCGAAAUGAAGAAUCGGAUUGCAGGCGGUGCGAGUCACAGAGAGAUUAUCUGCUGAAUUAUAGUAUGAGUCCACCUACGCCUUCAUCGCCGGUCUUACUUGAUCUAUUACUGAUAUGGUUCUUCUGUCGUAUAGGCCCGGUUAUACGGUUCCUUCAAGACAACAUCAGACAGCUUGGAGGCGAUAUAUCGUCGAAGAAUAUAUAUUGUCGGAGAUGUACGGCUCGGCAAGGUGGAGGGUUUGAUCCAGAGUACGGAAUUCAGAUAUGCGCGAAUGCCAUGAACAGCCAAAGCCAGCUUGAGGAUACCUUGGCUCAUGAGAUGGUACAUGCCUACGACCACUUGCGGUUCAAGCUCGACUGGACUGACAACUUGAGGCAUGCAGCUUGUGCGGAGAUACGAGCCAGUUCCUUGAGCGGAGAGUGCAGAUGGGCCAACGAAUUCUUUGGAAGAUUUGAAUUUAAAUUGGCUAACCAUCACCAGGAAUGUGUGAGACGAAGAGCCAUCAUGUCCGUACAGGCGAGACCGACAUGCAAAAGCAAGGAACAAGCUUUGAGAGUAGUAGAUGAAGUAUGGGAAAGCUGCUUCCGAGAUACACGACCAUUUGACGAAAUAUACCGAUAA